GACAGCGUUUCAGUUGGCCUCGUCCGGUCGUCGCGCGUGCAUCGUGUCUUCCGUCCGAGUCGUAUUCAUGCCACUUACGUUACCAUCGAUGUUUUGAAAAUACGUUUUUACCGGUGUAUUUUUUUUUUUUGGUCGUUUUCUCCCUCACAAAAGUUUCACUUGUCUAAAUUGGACUCGAUAGACUCUCGUCGUCGUUAACGAGUAGUGAAAUAAAAUGAUAUAUGAAAUACUCAUUUUACUAUAUUAUAUUGUAUAGGUAACGUAGUUGCAAAAAAUCGUGCCGCCUUCGGAUUGUUUAUUUAUAAGCUUCAGUCAUCCGACGGCGUGUUGUGAGUGUGUACCACGUGUUGUAAGUCUUUUCUCACGUCUCGUUUGCGUACGGUCUUUUUUUUUUUUCACGACACCUUCUGGUUAACGAACGUACACUGCAACGACUUAACGACUGCUUGAAUACAAACAUUGCUCGUAUUUAAUUGAAAUAUAAAUUGAGAAUUGUUGAAGAAACCUGAAAAAAGAAGCGGGAAAUGGCCGCAACGGCGGCUGCGGCGACGACGGCAAAAGCGGCGGCGGCGGCGGCGGCGGCGGAAACGAUUGUUUUGAGUGUACGUCAUUUGCGACGAAAACGAGUGGGCCGUCGGCCGCGGCCAUCGCUACUACAUCGCUGCCACACCGGUGCGGCUUUGCGGACGGAUCGCCGACGGAGCCGGUUCACCGGGACGAUGAAGUCGGCCACGGCCGAUAUGGUUGCGUGAUGGUUUCGCGCGGCGAACACAAGACAGCCGCGGCCGCGUCGCGGCGGUGCGCACGCGCGUCCUUGCUGUCCAUCGCGCUGAUGGCUGUGCUCUGCGUGGCCGCUCCUCCGACGGUGGCGGCUGGCAACGAGUUCGACGGCGGCGGUGGCGACGAUGGCGUCACGGGCACGGUGCAUCGGUGCGGCACGCCGCCCUAUCAGCCGCUGGUCGGUACCAAGGGCGUGAUCACCACGCCGAAAUUCCCCGGCCCGUUCCCGGUGCCCAUCGAGUGCGAGUGGGUGAUCCAAGCGGACGCCGCCGCCGCCGACUCCAUGAUCGAGGUGUACUUCACGCAGCUGUACGUCACCGACGGGCUGACAAUCACCGAGUACUCGCAGUAUCCCGUCGACUUUGGCUUCGUCACCGUGCGCGAGGUGUUCAACAAGUCGCACAUCACGCAGUACGGCCAGUCGAUGCUGUCCACGUUACCGUACCUGGUCAUCCGGUUCCAGCUGGACCGGUUGCAGGGUAACCACAUACGCGUGCACGAUGACCUGAUGGACGUGUACGGUUUCAACAUCACGUACGAGAUGAGGCCCAUCGGCAACGAGCGCAGCGACGUGUGCAGUCUGUACCAUUGCUCGUACUCGGGCAACUGUCUGGGCAACGCCGACCUCACAGAAUACAAAUGCUCAUGUUUUCCCGGAUUUUCUGGUGAAGAUUGUGGAUAUGGCCCGAUUUGUAAGAUGAACAAUACAGAUUCCUGUGAAAAUGGUGGAGUUUGCAGACAUGUCGGUCGGUCGAUCGCGAUAUGCAAUUGUCCUGCCGGAUUCACGGGCGGAAAAUGUGAAGUACCCGUGGUCAACGUCACUGCUGAAUGUGGUUCAUCUAGCAUUUGCAUACAGCAAUGCAAUAUUAAUAGAGACGUUAUUGAUACAAAUACAGAUAGUCCAUGCUCUUGUAAUCUGUACAAAAAUCACUCAACGCCCAUAGAUUCCGUACGUUAUCACGCUGCUAUCAAAUUAGUGAACAUAUCAGCUAUUUUAAACGAAAACAUCAAUGAACACUUACAACUAAAAAUUCUAAAAUAUUUCAGAAAACACUUGAAAUUACCGACAAAUUCGCAUGAACCAUAUGACUUAAGAAUAACAUCGAUUUUACCAAAAACUGGAGAUGUCCAUUUUGAAUUUUAUUCACGUAAAUCGGAUCAGAAAAUUGUACAAGACUUAUUAAACCAUAUGAUAGCCAAUGGUUCUCUUGGAUCUGGGACUGUGCCGCUGGUAAAAACGGCGCUAUCCUUUCAGCAAGAACCAUCGUUGUGGUUAAAUAAAAUGGACGUGAAUAAAAAUCGAGAUUCCAUACCCGAAGGAGAACCGUUCAUUAUAUCAUGUAUAGCUCAAGGACCGCCAGAUAUGCAGUUCAAAUGGUUUAAAGAUGGAAUCCCAAUUAAUACGUCAAUAUCAACCAGAAACAUUUGGACAAAAAUCAAGAAAAUGGACAAACCCGAUUAUAAGUCUUCAAUGUUGGUGAUCGAACACGCUGACAUCUUUGACUCUGGAAAAUUUACUUGCCAAGUAUCUGACCAUUCUUACCAACAAUGUCAAUCAGUCGCGUUAACCGUGAUCCCUCUACCAGAAGUCAUAAUGAAACCGUCUGUUACGGUUAAGCCGGGUGACAAUGUGACGAUAAUGUGUUUCUUGAAAAACGAAUUCACAAAAUUUGGUAAUACGUGGCUAGAUAGUGAUAUGCGUUUGGUGAAAAUCGACAAGAACGUAUUCUGGGAAGACUUACACCGUGGAGGUAGCGUGCUUUACGUGAAGAAUAUAACGUCGUCAGCCGAGUACAGGUGUGAAGCUUCUAACCGGGCGGGCAGGCGUAAUGCCACCGUGUACGUAGACGUCCUCAACACGAACGUGAUGGCACAUUGCGUUGCAGAUGGCGUGUGGCCGAUGACCGGUGCCGGGAAAUCGGCGUCCUCGGAAUGUCCGAAAAAUAGGUCGACCAGUUACGCGUCGCGUGCGUGCGUGCUGACAGCCGCCAAUCGAACCGAGUGGCAGAAACCUGACUACUCGGGGUGCGCGCCAGAUGACCUAAGCAAAAUUACUAUGAGCUUUCGUAAAAAAACGUUGGGUUAUGAUAAGGUCAACGUGACGGCCGCGAAAACUUUGAGCUCACUAUACAACGAACUUCACACCACAGCCAAAUGGUAUCCAGGCGAGGGCGAGCCUGUCAUCGAUUUCCUUGUGUCCGUUACGUCGUACCUACAAAAAUCAUACGAUUUGGCUGACCUCGACCAAACUUCUGAUAGUUUUGACAAUAUACUCAGCAUGUUGUUGGAAAACGAUUCGGUCGUCAAUGAAAAGAAAAUUGUUCAACUUCUGGAUAUGAUCGAAACGUGGACGCUGUUGAAAGCGUUUUACUUGUUCACCAACAAAGGAACUAAACAGAACAUCAACCAAAUCGAAAAUAUAUAUGUUGCGUCGGCCUCAGAAGUAGUAAAAAAUCAUAGUAGAAAUGUAACGCACAGGUUUUACGACAAACAAAUAAUUAGUUCCUCACAACAACCAAAAGUAAUCGUUUCCAUGUGCGACGUUCAAAUCGACAAAUGGGUUAACAAAUCGUUCAAUGUAGGAGUCACGAUAUUCAAAAAUCUGUCAGAGUUUUUUCCGAGAAAAUAUUAUAUAAGCAAGAGCAAGGACGGCGAGAUCGAGUACAACGUGAUGACACCACUAGUGUCGGUCGCCGUGGCGCAGGAUGGACAAAGGAUACGCAAACACUGGCCGACCAUUGUGACCGAGUUGGAGUUCAACCUUACGUUGCCGUGGCUGGUAAACGGAACGUGGAACUUAACGUGCGUGACCACGGCCAGGCUAACCGAUCACCAGUGGGACAUGUCGUCCUGUCGGGUAGUGAACGUCCGGUCACCAUUGUCCAACGUUACCCGUUGCCACUGCCCGUCAGCCGGUCUGUUCACCGUACUCGCCAGAGUGGUGCCCCUGGACGAAGGAGGUCAAAGUACUUCAAAACAAGAUGUGAUAAUUGUGUUCGGAUGUGCUUGUUGCCUGGUGCAAUCGGCGAUGUCUCUAAUGCUGCUGGUCACUCAAUGGGUUAAACACCCGACGUGCAUUGUGUACUUAAAGAUACAGCUGUGUUCCGCAAUUAUAAUCCAGAUGUGCAUGUUUCUUUACUCAACGAAAAAUAACGACUAUGGAUAUUUUUCGCUGUACUUGCAAAUAGUGACCAUUGUAGAGAUAACGUCACACUUGAGUCAGUUGCUCAUCGUCUACACAGAGAUAAUUAGUUUCCCGCAGUUUUCCAAUAUUAAACUUCCAAUUAUUGGCGUAGCGACAACUACACCUGUGUUAUUUGUGCUCAGUAUUAUGUUAAGUCUAAAUAUUAUUGGCGCUAAGCCUAUUCGGCCAUGGUGGUCAUGGGAGAACUCUGCAUUUAUCUACAUUUAUUUAAUAAUCUUCGUACUGCUCAUGAUUAUGUACUUAUCAGUAUUAACAAUCACCGUGCCUAAGUUGAAAUUUAUAAAGCAGAAACUUCAACGGAACACACCAGCCAAUAUGAAAAAAAGAAUGGGACUUAUAAUCAGAUCAGUAGCUAUCCUGUUAACCGUCAUCGUAACUACCGUUUCCAGUAUCCUGCACAUAAUCUAUAUGGGAGAUUUUACCAAGUAUUUUUUCAGUUCAUCGUGUGCCAUACAAGGUUUCGUCGUAUUGUAUUGCUACGUGUUGCACUCGGAAGAUCCAUUUGACUUGAGAACCGUUUACCGAUCAAAAUCAUCACCACAACAAUCAUUGGAUGAUAAUCAUUCGGAUUCUGCCGGAAGUCCAUUAAAUCAUUUUUCUAAGAACACUAUAGAUUACGAGAUAAAACAAUCAAUAAAAAGUGAUAUACUGGAAAUAACAGAUAAUCCGCAAGAGUAUUUUAUCACACAAGAAAAACCAGUGUCGAUUGUCAGCAAUCUUACUAGCUCGUUAAAAAAACUCGAUAAUAAUACCGAGCCAAAAAAGUCUGUGACCUUUCGUCAUGACUUAAUUACAGGGUGUCACGAAAAGUCAUCCGAUGGUCACGACACUGACUGUGGUUGUGGUGGCUACUGUGGAAAUGGAGACAAGAGUUGUUGUUCGUACCGAAACAACAGUCGGUCACCAUUAUUGGAGACGACGGUUACCGAUUCUUCAGACAUCGUAGACGACUGGCAACCGGUGGACUUCGUGGAUGCCUCGCAACCGACUUCGAUGCUGCCACUGCCAGCCGGAAGCGACACUUCUAUCCGGUGCGUGGUACAACCACCACCUGACAUGUUGGCUACGCACGUGUGUGUUGAAGUCGGCCUGGUCAAACAGCAUGCCACCACUGCAGAUGACUCCCCGACAAUCGUCGUGUGCAGUGUGGACGUGGAACCAUGCCGGCAGCCCCAUAUGCUAUUCAUGUCCGGAACGACCGAAAAAUCGUUGUCGGCGGCACCCGAACGGUCCGAAGGCUCUGUCGGUGAUAGUGACGACGACGACGUUCUUGACCGAAUAUCGCAAGAUUUGGACUAUCUGCUGAACCGGAAGAACGUCACGGACUCGAACGUAGUCGAUUUGGAUGUCGAUGGUGAUGCUGAUCGCAAUCAUAAAAUGAAAACCAAAGACCUGGCCAAACUCUAAGACACAGACUAUGUUCACAGGCUUUGAAGGAACUCAAACACCAAUGCGAACUAUAUCCGAUCAUACUCCAGCACCUACUGAAUCACACUCACGCCGAACGGUGAACGCGUUUUUGGUUACCGUUUGUCUCGAAUUUAUAUUAAUUUACAUAUGAUUAUUAUUUAUAUGUUAAAUAAUAACUAUUUACAUUUUUUUUUCAUGUUAAAAUUAUUUAUUUAUUUAAAUAAUAUUUGUACACGAUAUUAUAUCAUCGUUGCAUUAUUAAUACGUUCGUUUUUCGAAUACAUUAUUACUAUUAUUACUAUUAUUUUUAUUAUCAUAAGAUUGUAAUUCUUAAGUGUUUUAUGUACAGGUAAAAAUAUUAUUAUAAUGAUUUAUACUCUUUUUUUUUAAAUAUAAAUCAUCGUAAUGCCACACACGAUGAUUUACGAAACAAAAUGUUAUAAAAUUUAUUUGUCAUUCGUAAUAUACCAUUUACAAGCUCCAGAAUAAUAUACAUACAUAUAAUAUUAUUAUGAUUUAUGUAUUUCUAUUAUUAUUAUUUUAAUAAUUUUGAUACGGUCAUAGAUUAUUCAGCAUGAUUGUUUGUCAAUUUCUCGUCAUUUUUAAACAGAAAUGUAUUUCUUCAGACACCCAUACUUCAACCGUAAUUACUUAAAUGUACCAUCAUUUUAUCAGCCCACAACAGCAAGAACCAAAAAUACAGUACUUAUAUAAUAGAUAAAACUAAUGUGGGGUAUCAAAUAUUGUUGUUGGUGAACUCAAUUUUCAAUUAUUUUUUCAAGAAGACAAUAAAUUUUUAAAUCACUGGUAUUUGUGGUGCGUAUAAAUAUGAAAAAAAAAUUAUAAUAAUGCCAUAUUUGUACACAUUCAGUUGUAUUUAAUAAACAAACAAAAAAUAUUUA